AGUUUCACGCGAUUUCACCCCGCAAUCACACCUCACACAAGUCUGCAUCCCCGUACUCUGUCCCUUUCGUGAUAUUCCACUCAAAAGAACAUAAACUACAAUGAAAUAAACUUGAAAAAGUGAUCAAUCACAUUCGAUUAUCAUAAAUGUACCGUUCUUUACAGUUGUGAACGACUACAAAUGAUACGGAAGGAAUAAGCCGGAAAUAAAACAAGACUGUAUGGCGAGCACCAACUACUACAACAAUAGCAGCAUCAGUAGCAACAGCAUCGGUGAUGUUGACGAAUGGUUGGAGUGCGAUGUUGGUCCAGGGGGCGCUCUCUCAUCGGCCUACUUUCAGGCUCUGGUAUGCCUGGCCUACUGUCUAGUGUUUGUGAUAGCACUGGCAGGCAACGGACUCGUUUGCUAUGUGGUGCACUCUUCACCACGCAUGCGCACAGUCACCAACAUAUUCAUAGUGAACCUUGCGGUGGGCGAUGUGCUCAUGACCCUUUUCUGCGUGCCCUUCACGUUCGUCAGCACCCUGCUGCUACAGUACUGGCCCUUCGGAGCCCCUCUCUGUCACACUGUCAGCUUCUCGCAGGCUGUAUCCGUGCUGGUGAGCGCGUACACUCUGGUGGCAAUCAGCCUGGACCGCUACAUGGCGGUGUUGUGGCCCCUGAGGCCACGCAUGGGCAAGCGACAUGCCAAGGCGACCGUGGCCGCUGUGUGGCUGGGUGCCCUCAUCACCGCCUUUCCCAUCCCCGCCGUCUCCAGUCUCAAGCAGCCUUCACGCUGGCAUCACAAUUGCGACCGGUUUGUAUGUGAGGAAGAGUGGGAAUCACAGUCAAUGCGACAGCUUUACAGUGCCGCACUGAUGACUCUCCAGUACGCGGUGCCGUUGUGUGUGUUGGUGUUCACCUACACAAGCAUCGCAGUUGAGGUGUGGGGUAAGCGACCACCCGGGGAGGCACAAGACACCAGAGAUAUUCGCAUAGCACGCUCGAAGCGCAAGAUGGUGAAGAUGAUGUUGACAGUCGUUGCAGUAUUCACAAUCUGUUGGUUACCGCUCAACAUCCUACUGAUCACAUGGCAGAGCUGCGACUGGCUGUCAGAGUGGAGCGGCCUGCCCUACCUGUGGUUCGCCUGCCACUGGCUGGCCAUGUCACACAGCUGCUACAACCCGUUCAUCUACUGCUGGAUGAACACUCACUUCAGGGCCGGCUUCUGUGGCGUACUAGGCUGCGCGCUGCCCAGACGCAAGAAGCGACGUCGCAGCAGUCACGCGCCGCCACUCGGUCGCGUCAACACGUGCGCCACUUAUGUCAGCGUGCGACGCGCGCCGCGCGACCGCAGUCUCACGCGCAUCGAGCAUGCCAUCUGAACCAAACGCAGGGCAGAUCGUGGAUUUCAGAUAAACCAGAAACGCUUCAUGUGAUCUAGACAGAGACAAGAUGAUUGAGGGAACAGAUGAAUAACUUUAUCGGCUUCCUGGAAAGUGUUAAGCUUUCAAGAAAUCUUGUAUGAAUGGGAGUAGGCCACAGAGGCCUAUCAACUUACAACGAGACUUGGAUAAAAUAAUAUUGGAUGUGUAAAGAUUUGAGUGAGUUUCACAUGAAUUUGAAUGGAAAUGAAAUAAA